AUGGCCGAGGGCCAGCAGCAGACAGCGGUCUCUCAGCCGACUACCCAGGCUGCUCAGCAGUCCCAGAAAAUAGCUGAUGUGAUUCGCGGAUAUCGUCCCUGCAAGUCCUUCAAAAACUCCAAGUCGGAGUCCGCGGCAAACUAUACCACCUCCCUAGACUUCGAUGACCAGGGCGACUAUGUAGUCGCUGCUGGGGACGAUGAAACCAUUCAGAUCUUCGAUGUCAAGGAAGGCAAAUCCACAAAGUCGGUUCCUAGCAAGAAAUACGGUGUCCAUCUUGCUCGAUUCACCCACCACUCUCGUCAGGUCCUGCACGCCAGUACCAAGGUUGACCAUUCUUUGCGUUUGCUCGAUCUUCACAAUGAAGGAUAUGUGCGCUACUUUUCUGGUCACACAGACAAAGUCACAUGUCUGGCGAUGUCACCAGGCAGUGAUGCUUUCAUUUCUUGCUCCAAGGACGACACAGUCACAGUUUGGGAUCUUGGUUCCCGCAACCCACAGGGUAAACUGAAAUUGGCGACCCCAUACCUCGUGGCGUUUGACCCUUCAGCCUCGGUUAUCGCGAUUGCCUCGCAGUCUACCUCAUCGGUCCUCCUCUACGAUUUCCGAAACUAUGACAAAGCUCCUUUCUCCACCUUUGACCUUGCUCCGUUCGAGGAGAUCUACACCCCGUCGACUCGUGGACGUGGCUGGACUAAACUGGAAUUCUCCAACGAUGGAAAGUUCUUGAUGCUUGGAACCGACUACCACGGACAUUACAUCCUAGAUGCUUAUGACGGUACAGUCAAGGCUUUCUUGACUGGCAAAGGUGGAGCGUCUGGCCGUGCUUCCCCAGUGUCAUCUACUGGGAAACCUUUGGGUCAAGGCGAUGCCUGCUUCACACCCGAUGGACGUUUCGUGAUUGGCGGCAACGGAGAUCAGCAAGAUGUGCUGGUCUGGGACCUCAAUGAGGUACAAGACGGACAACAAAACAAUGCCGCGUUACAGCCCGCAGCCAAACUGCCUCACCGAGGUCGGACUGCUCUCAUUGAGUACAACCCACGUUACAACAUGAUCGCUAGUGCCGACAAAGACAUUGUGUUUUGGCUUCCUGAUGAACCGCCUAGGCCAUCUGACAAGUAG